AUGACCGCAGAAUGGGGCAAGAAGUUGGAAGAACGUCUUCUCCACUACAUGAGCAUUGACUCAACCACCGGCAACGAAGGUUAGUCCAUAAUAUCAAACUUCAAUUUUUCUUGGAGAUCAUUUCGACGAGAAAAGAAUGAGAUUUCGGAAACCCUGGAAUCUUUGUAGAAGCCUUUGGAAACGCGGUCUGCGACGAUUUAUCAUUCCACGGGUUCUCCGUCGUCCGUCAGCCGAUCGGCGAGGGUUCGACGCGCUUCAAUGUUCUCGCUACUUUCAAAGAUGCGAAGCCUCCUGGUAAUUGUUCAUGAGUGAUAUUCACUGUGGCUAAGAAACAGUUUAGAAAUGAAAAGAAAUUGUUAUGUUAAAAGCAAAUAGCAACUCAGUCUUUCCGCUCGCAAAUUUUUUCCUUACGCGACAGCGAUAAAUCAGGUGAAUUGCUUAUCGUUGGCAAUUCAGAACAUUUCAGUGGCUGAUGAAGUUACCUGUGGAACGAAAAAAGUACACUCUCAUAACCGUCCUCACGAAGAAAGAGAAAACUGCGGACAUGUGACAUUUUAGCAAAUGAACGUUACAGAACAGUCUGAAUUGGUAAUAGCAACCUAAUGGAAGGGAACGAGAAAAUUAAAUGAUUUUCUGGCCAAUUGCACUUAGAAAUAGAUGAUGUUUGAAAAAGAGAACGAAGCGUAUUUUUAACAAGGGUGCUAUUUCGAAUUAAAACAAGAAUAUCAACAGUUUGCCAAAAAAGUGUAAGGGACUUUUCUAAUAAAGAAAGUCAUCAUCUUUCUUUUUUUGGUUCACCAUGAAGAUAGGUCAAAAAAACUCUUUAUUAAAUGAUAUGAAAUUUCUUGAAUUUCCCGCUUUUCAUGGCGCUUAUUAAGAAUUUGUAAAUUUGCGUGAAUUCUGAGAAGUACGGUCUUAGAUUCCCUUUCCUGUUUACUAGAAAUCUCAAUAGUUGAGGAAUCUCAGAAAUACGAUUUUUUGAGCGAUUUCUGGGAGAUUCAGAUAGCAGAAGGUGAGAUAGUUCGCCUCGUGGAUUUUUCUUAUUUCCACUUUUAAAAACUUAACUUUGUUUGCAGACGUCAAAGUCUUGCUCAACACUCACCUCGACACUGUGCCACCUUAUUUCAAAGCGACUCAAGACGCGGAGAACAUUUACGGGCGAGGAUCAAACGAUGCCAAAGGUUUUGUUUGAAAUUGCCUUCACGUUUUUUGCAUUUGGAGUCAAAAAUCAAGUUGUGAAUAGGCCAACUCGCAUGUAUGGUAAGUGCUGCAAUUAUCAUCUCGACGAUGAACAAGGAGUUGGCGAGCCGUCUGGGUCUUCUUUUCGUCGUCGGCGAGGAAGUCGAUCACGUUGGCAUGGAGGUCAUUCUUCAUUUCCUUCUCCGAACGAUCUUUGAACCACGAUUUUCUCAACGUUUCGAUAUUUCUUCUCAUUAAAAUUCAAAGUUUCAACAUAAAGAAAGAGAAAAUGAGUGAUUCUCAAAAGACCAUUGAGUUCAAGUAGAAUCUGCAUGUUUGCAGGCGGCUAAUGCGCUGGACCUUCAUCCCACGCACUUGAUCGUAGGAGAACCAACGGAAUUGAAGUUCGGCACAAUUCAAAAGGGUGCCCUGAAAGUACAAACUGCUUUGCCCUAUAGUCUAUUCAAACUCUUCUUCGCGAGCGUCUUUCAAAUGUGUUUUUUAAAUAAUUCAGACCCCGUUUCCUUACGAAAGAAUUUCUUGACCUCUGGUUUUUGCGAAACUCUCCAUAGCAAAGUUGCAAUAAAACAAAACUUUGGCCAUUUUUCAGAAACAGUUUAGGGUUCUUUUUUCUUAGCACACAAAAGGCUGACUUUGAAUCUUUCAGUGUCCGGUAAAUGCUGUCAUUCAUGUCAAGAGCGGUAAUCAAUUAAGCUCAGGUCGACUGAGUUCAUCGGAGAAAAUCGGCUUAGACGUUGAAAAAAAUUGGAUGGACGCGCAGAGACCGCAACAUCGGAACAAAUUUUCUGCAAAUUUUAUAGUCUGUACAAAAAGUCUUGCUAGGGUAUUAAAACAAUGACUGACAGAUUUUGAUGAGUGAAAAUUUUCUAAUUAUUCUCAAUUUUCUGAUAAUAAAAAAAAUAGACGAAGACGCUGCCAAAAUCCUAGAGAACUUUUUUCAAAGAAAUCUUCCAAACUCUGAUAUUCUACAAAACGUUUAAUUUCGAGUGUUUUUGAGCAAAACAUGGUUUCAGAUAAGAUUGAAUGUCCGUGGAGUUGCGGGUCACUCCGGCUACUUGGAUUCUGGGAAAAGCGCGAUUCACGUCCUCGUCAAGGUUCUCAACGACAUUAUGGCAUACAGUUGGCCGCAAGAUGAGCGUUUUGGUAGAGAUAUAUCUGUCCAAAAUUUUCGCACGAUUUCUCAACUCCUCCAGGCGCCACCACUUACAAUAUCGGAAAAAUCUGCGGAGGCCAGGCGCUGAACGCGUGGGCCGAGAACGCUUCUGCUGAUUUGUUUUUCCGAAUAACCACGUCGAGAGACGAAGUAAAGGCCACGCUGGCGGGAAUCUUAAACGGCAAGUUCCGAUGCUAUCGUCGGUUCAAAUCUUUGGUCGAAACUUGAAGUUUGCAGGCCGUGCUGAGAUGGAACUUCUCAGUGGAAACGAUCCCGUUUUGCUUGAUACUCCACCUUUUGAGGCGCCAACGGCGGCUGUCGCUUUUAACACCGACUUACCCUACUUCAACUACAGAGACAAGCUUCAAGGUGUGAAAAAAACUGGAACAACACUCAGGAAUAACAUCAAAAUAAUGAUUGAUCAUUUCUCUCAAACAGAAAAGGCUAUGAACGUUUUUCAUUGGAUACUUUUCGAGAAAAAAGCUCUUUUUUUAUUCCCAAGCUCUUAAAAAAAAUUUUAGGGGAAUUUUCUUUAGACUAUAUAAUGAAAGCUUGAUAAAAUAUUUGUACAGUCUUUUGAAUAUGACACACCAAAACUUCGUCGACUUUAAACUGGUAGUUUAACGGAAGCAUGAUUUGCGUGUUCUAAUACGUAAGCCUGCACAGUUGCCUGAAGAAUUUUUGACUGGAUAAUUCACUUCUGCUCAUUUAGGAGAGCAAAAGAAUACACUUUUCGUACUCUCUGCGAUAAAAAUUGUUUAAGGACGAUAUUUGUUUGGCGCUGGUUCUAUCAGAAACGCCCACUCAAUGGACGAAUUCAUGCCGAAGAAGGAACUUCACGAGUGUACGAGCACUUUGAUCCGGCUAAUCAAAGCGUUGUCCGACGACUGA